GUCAAAAGCAAGUCGUCUCAUGUGUUUACUAUGUCACUAGUUGGUGCAAUGUUUUGUAUUUUAAUUAUAAUAUAAUUGUACAGUAAAGUAAUUAUAAAUAAAUUGUAAUUCCUUAGCACUAAAGUAAAUAUAACAUAAACUGCUCAUUACUAACAUUUCAUACUUCGCUCGAGAAAGUGUAAAACAUGUCAGAAGAGGAUGAAAGUGUCCAUCGUUUAGAAGGUACGUCAGGCAAUGCUCCGGGCGGCUUAAUCAUCAAAAAGAAGGAUAAUCCAGAAGAAUUCCAGUUCGCCAAACCUUCCUUACUGGGGCUAGAUAAACUAGCAGCCGCCAAACGCAAGCAAAAUAGGCUAAUUUCGUUUCAAGAUGACACCAAUGAAGACGAUCUUGUGGAGGAUGAUAGCGAGUCCAGUACUGCAAAAGGACGUAAAUAUAGGAGACAUAAUGAGGAAACGCCGACUUAUACUGGUGGUAUAUCGGAGCAGGCACGGGAACGCAUGCUAGAGAGGUUACAGAGAAAAGAAAGAGAAUCAAAAACUAAAGGAGUACACAAUUCCACACAAGAAGAGAAAAAAUCAAAAUCCAAAGAUGAGGAAGAUGAUCGUUAUCGAAGCCGCUACGACCGGAGAGACCGCGGCAGAGAUAGAAGAUAUGACGAUCGAAGAGACAGAUAUAGAGACGAUCGAAGGAGGGACAGAGACAGAUAUAAUCGAGAUGGUGAUCGAAGUGAACGGAGGGGAGACAGUGAAAGGAGAGGGGAUAGUGAAAGAAGAGGUGACAGUGAAAGAAUAGGAGAUAGCUCUAGAAGAAGUUACUAUGGACCGAGGUUCAAGGAUGAACCAAAAACACCUAAUUUGAAAGCGCUGAAACCAACAGACAGAACAGCGUGGGAUGACGAUGACGAAGAUCCAAAAAUACGUAAAUCCAGUUGGGACUUCCCCACACCAGUUCCUCGAGGGGCCGGACCUUCGGAUCGGUCUGAGCGGAGCGAGAGAGGCAAGCCCCUAAGGGAUUAUAAAGGAAGACCAUAUGAUAAUACUCCAAGAGCUACGCCACAUAAGUUUGCCAGUUCGAGACGCGGGCUGGAUAUAGACGAUCCAGAAUGGCAAGAAGCUGAGAAGAAACUGGAUCGAGCCUGGUAUAAUAUGGGCGAAGGUGAGGCGGACGAAUCAGAUCCGUUCGCGGACACGAGCGCGGAAUACAUCGCGCGCAAAGAGGAACAGAUCGUGAAGCGACAGAACAGGAAGGUCUCCGCCCAGAGACAACAGAUAGACAAGGACAACGAGCUGUGGGAGCGGAACAGAAUGCUUACCAGCGGUGUCGUGCAUUCUAUCAAUGUUAACAACGAUUUGGACGAGGAAAGCGUGGACCGAGUACACUUGCUGGUACACAAUAUCGUGCCUCCCUUCCUGGAUGGGAGGAUCGUGUUCACGAAACAACCUGAGCCAGUCAUUCCUGUAAAAGACCCGACCUCAGAUAUGGCAGUGAAUGCCAGGAAGGGCUCGGCCUUAGUGAAAGCAUUCAGGGAGCAGAAGGAAAGGAAGAAAGCUCAGAAGAAACAUUGGAAACUAGAAGGCACCAAAAUCGGUAACAUUAUGGGCAUUCAAAAGGAAAAAGAGGAACUGGAAGAUGGACCAACAAGAAACGCAUAUAAAUACGCGGAACAUUUAGAUAAAGAGGAGCAAGAGCCAGAAUCGAAAUCGGAAUUCGUGAAAAAAAUGUCAAUUGGCGAACAACGUCGCUUCUUGCCCGUGUUCGCGGUCAGAGAAGAACUGAUGCAAGUCAUCAGAGAGAACAAUGUAGUCAUAAUCGUUGGCGAAACGGGCAGCGGCAAGACGACGCAGCUAACACAAUACCUGCACGAGGAGGGCUACAGCAAGCUGGGCAUGAUCGGCUGCACGCAGCCGCGCCGCGUCGCCGCAAUGUCUGUCGCCAAGCGGGUCUGCGAUGAGAUGGACACCAGGCUAGGUGACGAAGUCGGCUACGCGAUUCGCUUCGAAGACUGUACGUCACCGAAAACGGUGAUAAAGUACAUGACGGACGGCAUUCUGCUGCGUGAGGGGCUCCGGGAGCCGGACCUCGACAACUACUGCGCGGUCAUCAUGGACGAGGCCCACGAGAGGUCGCUGUCUACCGACAUGCUGUUUGGAUUGCUCAGAGAGGUGGUGGCUCGCAGAUCAGACUUGAAGCUGAUAGUGACAUCAGCCACCAUGGACUCCAGCAAGUUCUCCACAUUCUUCGGCAACGUGCCCACCUUCAACAUCCCGGGGAGGACCUUCCCCGUCGAGACAUUCUUCGCGAAGAACGUCUGCGAGGAUUAUGUAGAUGGCGCUGUUAAACAAGCUCUGCAGAUACACCUUCAGCCAGAUGACGGCGACAUCUUGAUCUUCAUGCCUGGACAGGAGGACAUCGAGGUCACGUGCGAGACGCUAACAGAACGGCUAGCAGAUUUGGACAGCGCUCCACCGUUGACAGUGCUGCCGAUAUACUCUCAACUACCAGCUGACUUGCAAGCCAAGAUCUUCCAAAGGGCGCCACCUGGACAGAGGAAGUGUAUCGUCGCUACUAACAUUGCUGAGACCUCAUUGACAGUGGACGGGAUAAUGUAUGUGAUCGACUCCGGCUAUUGCAAGUUGAAAGUGUACAACCCAAGAAUUGGUAUGGACGCCUUGCAGAUCUACCCGGUGAGCCAAGCGAACGCGCGACAACGCGCGGGGCGCGCGGGCAGGACGGGCCCGGGCAAGGCGUUCUGUCUGUACACGCAGCGGCAGUACCAGCACGAGCUGCUGCCCGCCACCGUGCCCGAGAUACAGCGGACCAACCUCGCCAACACCGUGUUGCUGCUCAAGUCUUUGGGUGUCGAGGAUCUACUCGCGUUUCACUUUAUGGACCCGCCCCCACAGGACACAAUCCUCAACUCGAUGUACCAGCUGUGGAUCCUGGGCGCCCUGGACGGCACGGGAGCCCUGACCCCGCUCGGCCGGCAGAUGGCGGAGUUCCCGCUCGACCCCCCUCAGUGCCACAUGCUCAUUGUCUCCGCUGAGAUGGGCUGCAGCGCCGAGGUUCUCAUCAUUGUAUCGAUGCUGUCAGUGCCGUCAGUGUUCUACCGACCGCAGGGGCGGGAGGAGGAGGCGGACUCGGUGAGAGAGAAGUUCCAAGUGCCAGAGUCGGACCAUCUCACUCUGCUGCACUUGUACAACCAAUGGAAGUCGAACAAAUACUCGAGUCAGUGGUGCACUGAGCACUUCGUGCACGGGAAGGCGAUGCGCAAGGUGCGCGAGGUGCGCCAACAGCUGCGCGACAUCCUGCAGCAGCAGCGGCUGCCGCUCGUCUCCUGCGGGACCGACUGGGACACUGUCCGGAAGUGUAUUUGUUCCGCGUACUUCCAACAAGCGGCGCGCCUCAAAGGCAUAGGAGAGUAUGUGAACUGCAGGACCGGCAUGCCCUGCCACCUGCACCCCACGUCGGCGCUGUUCGGCCUCGGCUCCUCGCCCGACUACGUCGUCUACCACGAGCUCAUGAUGACCACUAAGGAGUACAUGCAUUGUGUUACCGCGGUCGAUGGCCGGUGGUUAGCCGAGUUGGGACCUAUGUUCUUCUCGCUGAAGGAGGCCUCGAAGUCAAAUCGCGACAAACGCAAAGAAGCGGCAGUCCACCUCGAACGAAUGGAAGAGGAGAUGAGACAGGCGGAAAUCAAAAUGGCGGAAGAGAGACGGAAGAAGGACGAAAUGGUGCCCGACAAACAAGAAGUCGCUACUCCCGGCCUGGACACGCCGAGACGGACGCCUCACAGGCUCGGCUUGUAGUGCGGCGGUCGCUCACUAGCCGGCGACAAUGGCGAGUGAGGUUGACAUUUAAAAAAAACGAAAAUCUAAAUCGCGCCAAAAAUUUCUAUGCUAGCAAUGAAUUCAAUCUUUAAAGCUGCUUCUCCUUCCUUGUAAGUUUUAAAUGGCAAUUAAGGAAACGGCUCCAAAGUGACAGCUGUCAGAGUGACAGCGCGGUGUACUGUCAAAUUGACAGAUAUUCUGUUUACCGAUGUUUUUGGUUUAACAUUUCUAAAGCGCCUUAUAAAUAUUCCUCUCUUUGCUUUAGAAAUGUGAAUAUUUUCUAGACUAGGUAUGUUCAUAUUAAAGUUGUUUUAGGAACCGCAACGGAUAAAAAACACUUAUUUUUUAACAAACAGUGAAAUAAAAGAUUAAAUUGGUGAAA